CUAGAAUACAGUGGUAACAACCAGGGAUUAGGUGAAUGCGACGGCGAUAAACAACUCGCUCCACAGAAUGGUCGCGAUACAUUCAAGGCAUUGAACGCAGCGGCUAACCGAGGAGACAAGCUAUUUUCGACACUCAAAUACUCUGUAUUCGCUAUGGGAGACAGCCACUAUUGGCCACGUCCAGAGGAUGCACACUACUACAACAAGCCUGGAAAGGAUCUUGAUCGCCGUCUCGAGCAGCUAGGAGGAGAACGUGUGGCCGAGGUUGGGCUAGGCGAUGAUCAAGACGCUGACGGACCAAUGACCGGGUAUAAAGCCUGGGAGCCUUUAUUAUGGAAAGCUCUAGGUGUUGACAGUGUCGAAGUCACUGAAGCCGAACCUGAGCCUGUAACGAAUGAGCACAUCAAGAUCGCAAGUAACUUCUUACGAGGUACCAUCGCCGAAGGCCUGAAAGACACCACCACUGGAGCUCUUGCGGCCUCAGACGGACAAUUGACCAAAUUCCAUGGUAUCUACGAACAAGACGAUCGAGACAUUCGGGACGAACGUAAGGCUCAAGGCCUAGAACCAGCUUACUCUUUUAUGAUCCGAGUUCGCAUGGCUGGUGGCGUCUGUAAACCGGCACAAUGGCUUGAUAUGGACCGUAUUGCCGAUGAACAUGGAAACGGAACCUUUAAAUUAACCACGAGGCAGACAUUCCAAUUUCAUGGCGUGAUUAAAAAACACUUGAAGCCAGCAAUACAAGCCAUCAACAAGGCGCUAUUGGAUACGAUUGCUGCAUGCGGUGACGUGAACAGGAAUGUUCUGGUCGCAUCUCUUCCGUCUCUCUCCCAUUUACACGAAGAAUGCUAUCGCUUUGGAGCGAGUCUCAGUGACAAACUCCUUCCCAAGACAUCAGCAUAUCACGAGAUAUGGCUAGUAUACGAAAUUCACGCCCGAAUCGCCCUCGAGAAUUCCGACCUCGUCGAGUUUAAUGCGUGUCAAGCCACACUUAAGCAACUAUAUGAACUUGGACUGAAUGGGAAGAGGGAAGAGUUCUUGGCAUAUCGGAUACUCUACAUGCUUCAUGGAAGAAACAAAGCAGUAAGCGAACUAACCCCGCAGGAUAAAGCAUUGCCAGCAGUACAACACGCUGUCAAAACACACAUGGCGAUGGCCACUGGUAAUUACCACCAAUUCUUUGCGCUCUAUCUUAUUGCACCGAACAUGGGAGGGUACAUAAUGGACCACUAUGUUGACAGAGAGAGAUGUAGUGCUAUGAUUAGCAUGACCAAAGCGUCAGUUAUUUCCUUUUCAUCGAAAGCUGCUAUUCUAAAGCGCAUUCAGAUACCGGUCGAUACCCAUGAAACUGCUGCAAAAUGA